AUGGACAAUAACAUUGUUAUUAAGAAGUAGUGGUUUAUUAAGUCUUAAUCAAGUAAAAUUGAGGAUGCCUAUGAGUUUGAUCAUAAAAAAGUAAUAGGAUUUAUAUUCUUUAUAGUUACUUGGCCAAGGCACUUAUGGUCAGGUAGUUAAGGCAAAACUAAAAGGAUCAAAAUAAUAAAGAGCCAUUAAGAUUAUUCCUAAGAACAAGGUACGAAAUCCUGAACGUUUUAGAAGAGAAAUAGAAAUUAUGCGUAAUUUGGUAUGUUGAGUCUCUAUUCAUAGGAUCAUCCAAAUAUUAUCAAAUUAUUUGAAACUUUUGAAGAUGUUAGAAAUGUUUAUCUAGUAAUGGAGUAAGUGCUAUUUCUUAAUAUUUAAAUAGAAUUUGCGAAGGAGGAGAACUUUUUGACAGAAUUAUUGAUAAGGGUCAUUUUUCAGAAAAUGAAGCAAGAAUCAUAUUCUUAUAAAUAAUGUAAGCAGUUAAUUAUUGUCAUUAAAAUGGAAUUUGUCAUAGAGAUUUGAAACCAGAAAACUUUUUAAUGCUUACAAAAGCAGAUGAUUCACCUCUUAAAGUUAUUGAUUUUGGACUUUCAGUUAUUUUUCAUGAUAAUCAUGUCGAAAAGCUAAAUUAAGGAAAGGUAAGUAUGACUACUAGAGCUGGAACUCCUUAUUAUAUAUCUCCUGAAAUUUUAGAUGGAAAAUAUGAUGAAUCAUGUGAUAUUUGGUCUGCAGGAGUCAUUUUAUAUAUUUUGAUUUCAGGAGUACCACCAUUUUAUGGAAAUACAGAUCCUGAAAUAUUGGAUGCUGUUAAAAAAGGCAUAUUUACAUUUAAUAGUAUCUUUUUUUAAUGAUUAAAACUAGUACCCGAAUUUAAAAAAGUAUCAGAAAGUUGUAAGGAUUUGAUUUCUAAAAUGAUUUGUAAACCUGAAAAACGUAUAAAAUCACAUGAUGUGUUGGUGCAUCCUUGGAUGAAAUAAUAACAUCCUGCUGGUUCAUUUUUAAGUGUUAAUUACUAAUCAUUAAAAAAUUUUACUAAUUUUAAUAAAUUAAAAAAAGUUAUUUAUUUGAGAAUUAUAAUAGGUUACAUUAACUUAUAUAGCAUCAUAAUUAUCAGAAUAGGAGAUUUCAGAAUUAGGAAAGUUGUUCAAAUAGUUAGAUAAAAAUGGAGAUGGAGUUUUGACAAUGGAAGAAUUAACAUAAGGAUUAACAGGUCUAAAGAAAGAAUCUUAAAAUGAAAUUAUGGGAGUAAUAAAAAGUAUAGAUACUGAUGGUUCUGGUGCAGUAAAUUAUACAGGUUUAUUAUUAUUAAAUUAUUUUUAUAGAAUUCUUAGCUGCCACUAUUGAAAAAAGUGUUUAUAUGAAAUAAGAGAAACUAUUUUAAGCUUUUAAAAUGUUUGAUUUAGAUGGUAGUGGCAAAAUAUCUAGAGAUGAAUUAAAAUAAGUAUUAGGAAGUAAGAAUAUCAACUAAUUAAUUCAGGUAAUAAUCCUGGUUUUGAUGAUAAUGCAUUAAAAGCAUUGAUAAAAGAUGCAGAUAAAGAUGGAGAUGGUGAAAUUGAUUAUAAUGAAUUCAUAGAAAUGAUGGAUAAAAUGAAAUAAUGAAUAUUAUUAUACAUAUUUAAUAA